AGUCACAUAUCUUUGCUAGCUUGGAAUUAACAAGCGUGGCCAUGAGAUGAUCUUAACCGUCACCCCUCCUGUUUUUGAUCCCCGCCUCACACUUCGCAGGAAAACAGCCAGUAAUGCCAGUAAUACGGGCACAGGUCCAAGUUCGAUGACGCAAAGACUGUGACUUCGCCUCCCAUCCCCUCUUCGUCUUCAUCAUCUCCACGUCCCUGCUCUGCGUGUCUCUCCCGAUGCCUCGCUCUUGUCGGAAGGGAGACAGCGACAGACAGCAGACAGGAUGACAAACCAGUCGACAGCCAACCAGUCCAACGCAAACAAGGAGAAGGAGAAAGAAAACCAGCAAGAUGACAACACAGAGAUGGCAUAUAAAGAUGCUGGCCAUUGUAGCCGCAACACACACAACCUGCUGCUGGGACUCACGGUUAUGGGCGUCGUCAUGGGAGCCGUUUUUGGGAUGACGCUGCGGUACAUGCAGGUGACAGACAGCGCCGCCCUCACAAUGGUUUCCUUUCCUGGAGAAAUCCUUAUGAGGAUGCUGAAGAUGCUCAUCCUGCCUCUUAUCAUCUCCAGCCUUAUCACAGGGCUUGCUGGUCUAGACGCGCGCUCCAGUGGAAGGAUGGGUAGCCGAGCCAUGGUGUACUACAUGUCCACCACUGUAAUCGCUGCCGUCCUCGGGGUCAUCCUGGUGUUGGGGAUCCACCCAGGGAACCCUAAGCUGAGGGGAGACAACUCAUCAUCCACAUCCACGAAAAACCAGGAAGUCAGCAGUCUGGACGCUUUCCUUGACCUGAUUCGAAACCUCUUCCCAGAAAACCUGGUGCAAGCCUGCUUCCAGCAGGUUCAGACGGUGCUGAAAAAGGUGCCGGUCGCAGCACCGAACCAAACUGAGCCCAUAUUAGUGAACAGGAAAAAACUGGAAUACAAAUGGGGCAUGAACGUCCUCGGUUUAAUUGGCUUCUUCAUCACCUUUGGGAUCUGCAUGGGCCGGAUGGGCGAGCGUGGGAAAGUCAUGUGUGACUUCUUCAACAUCCUCAAUGAAAUUAUCAUGACGAUGGUGUCCAUGAUCAUGUGGUACUCUCCUGUCGGCAUCGCCUCUCUGAUUUCGGGAAAGAUCGCAGCUAUCGGGGACCUGGAGGUGGUAGCCAGGCAGCUGGGCAUGUACAUGGUGACUGUCAUUGUGGGUCUGGUGAUCCACGGGGGCUUGAUCCUACCCGCUAUAUUCUUUGCAAUCACCAGAAAAAGCCCCUUUGCUUUCUACUCUGGGAUCUUCCAGGCGUGGAUCACAGCCUUGGGCACUGCUAGCAGUAUGACCGCCACGCUGGCCAGUGUUGGAGCCGCCAGUAUUCCUAGCGCUGGACUGGUAACCAUGCUACUGAUCCUGACAGCUGUCGGCCUGCCUACCCAGGACAUCAGCCUGCUGAUCGCUGUCGACUGGCUGCUUGACCGAAUGCGUACCUCCAUCAAUGUCGUUGGCGACUCAUUCGGUGCCGGGAUUGUGGAUCACUUGUCAAAGACGGAGCUCGCCGAACUUGAUGCGGCCGAAAUGCAAACGCUCUCGCAAGAGGGGGAGCUCGAUUUCGUCCCUCCGCCGCCAAUCCUCACGGAGAUGGACAUGGUCGACCCUCUCAAACCGCCCGAGCUGCCUCCUCGUUCCCCUCGCCCACCCAAACAAAACCACCACAGUCACAUACUCUCCCAAUCCCACUCCAUCACUUACUCGCCAUCCCGUUCUGUCCGGUCUCCGUCACCACGCUCCAUCAGUUCUCCCUCUCCGCGUUCCGUCUGUUCCCACUCUCCCAGGCCUUUCCGUACUCAUUCCCCACGCCUCCUGCGCAGGACAGAGCCGGGAUAUUGUGUCCUGCCCAGCCAUGACAAUCAGAUUCCCACACUGCCACGCUCCUACAGGGAGAGAGAGCGAGACCGAGAGAGAGAAAGAGACAGGGAGCGGGAGCGACUGAGGCGAGAGAGUGAAACCGAGGAGGAAGAGGAGAGGGAGAGGGUUCUGGGCGAAGUAAGCGACGGCGAGGAGAGCGAUGACACUGCUUACGAUCGAAGGCACACCAUCCCGCCGUGCGACCUGCCGUGAUCAGAUUUCACCACCAGCGUGUUUCACAGUCGAUUUGUUUCCACUUUUACGACAGGUUUUAACCACUUUCAGCUUCACUCUUCAGUGGAGGUACAGAGUGGGUUGCAUUGCUAAUUUUUCAAUGCACGGAUCUUAAAAUGUCAUGAUGGCAAUGCAGUGUAAUAUUCCCAAGAAGGGCCCUUAAAAACCAGGCCUGAGACUUUUGCUCUGUGAUUGGAUGCUGAAAGAGUUUCUUUUCCUCCUUAUCUUAUCUACUCCAGUCUUGAUUUAUAAUUUUUCUUCUGAAAUCCACCCAAACCUAAAAUGUUCCCAAAUGCAUACACGUCCACGAAUUCAACUGAUGCCAGAGAAUGUGAGUCUGCUCUUGAUGAAAAAAGUCUGCUGGUGCUCUUACCAGCCUUCUAACGCACAAACAGGAAAUCAUUUUGCUCAGAUUCCCUUUAAGGAAGUUUUAAAAAAUUUACUUUAAAAGAAAAGUUUGACAUUUUGAGGACAUUUGCAGUGAGGAAAAAUGUAUUCACAGUUAAAGACUAAUAUCAUUAACUGUAAAUAUAUGUAGAACUUCAGGUAG